UCUUCGCAAAGAGCCUUGAAGAAAGUUGUGAUGCUCGACGAGUCCCUGUGGCGAGGAGAACCCACUGGGCUACUCUUGCAUGCGACAGAGAUGAAUGGAAAAUUUACUGGCGCCCGCUCGAGUCACUCGACGACCAACGAGACCACAGGUGAUACAUGUGAAAGGACAAAUUUGGCAAAAUUUUUCUGCAGUGCUGUUCAUGUUCCAAGGCUUGGUUUUAGCAUGCAAAUCUUUGUGAAAACGCUUACUGGCAAAACGAUCACACUCGAGGUGGAAGUCUGGCACUUCUGUUAUUUUUCUUCAGGGAAACAACUUGAAGACGGUCGCACACUUUCGGACUACAACAUUCAGAAGGAGUCGACACUUCACCUUGUGCUACGUCUUCGUGGAGGAAUGCAAAUCUUUGUGAAAACUCUAACUGGAAAGACCAUUACUCUCGAAGUGGAAGCCUCGGAUACAAUUGAGAAUGUCAAGGCGAAGAUUCAGGAUAAAGAAGGGAUCCCACCGGAUCAGCAGAGGCUGAUUUUCGCAGGUAACCUGUUUCACGACCAUAAUUGGUUUGUUUAA